AUGCUGGAGAAGCUUUUACAGCAGUAUGAAAAGGAGGAAACAGUAGCUAAGAAGAGUAAUAGAAGAGUGAAGAAGCUGAUCAAGGGAUGGGGGAUACAGGUCUCCAAGUUAGCUGAUGUCAUGGUUAGACAUGGUGUGAAGAAAGGAGAUCGUGUGGUCAUCUACAUGCCCAUGAUUCCACAGACAAUGUACUGUAUGCUGGCUUGUGCAAGAAUAGGAGCCAUCCAUAGCCUGAUUUUUGGUGGAUUUGCGUCUAAAGAGCUUUCUGUUCGCAUUGAUCACGCAAAGCCCAAACUUAUUGCAACAGCAAGUUUUGGAGUAGAACCGAAAAGGAAAGUGGAAUACAUAUCCCUCCUGGAAGGAGCACUGGCAAGGGUGCAGAGCAAACCUGAUAAAGUUCUCAUUUACAAGCGACCUAAUUUGGGCCAUGUUCCUCUUGUCCCAGGUCGCGAUCUUGACUGGGAAGAAGAGCUUGCAAAAGCACAGUGUUACAAAUGUGUCCCUGUUUCAUCAGACCAUCCACUUUAUAUUCUCUAUACGUCUGGAACAACAGGCUUGCCCAAGGGUGUUGUCAGACCAACAGGUGGCUAUGCAGUUAUGCUGAACUGGACAAUGUCAGCUGUAUAUGGGCUCAAACCUGGUGAGGUGUGGUGGGCAGCUUCUGAUUUAGGCUGGGUUGUUGGUCAUUCCUACAUCUGUUAUGGGCCUCUCCUUCAUGGAAAUACCACAGUUUUGUAUGAGGGGAAGCCUGUGGGAACGCCAGAUGCUGGUGCCUAUUUCCGUGUGCUAGCAGAGCAUGAAGUAGCUGCCUUCUUUACUUCACCAACUGCAAUUAGAGCAAUCCGUCAGCAGGACCCUGAGGCAGUCUUGGGAAAGCAGUACUCUCUGAAAAGGUUCAGAAUGUUAUUUGUAGCUGGUGAGCGCUGUGAUGUGGACACGCUACAAUGGGCAAAGAAGGUCUUCAAGGUACCCGUCUUGGACCACUGGUGGCAAACUGAAUCUGGUUCUGCAAUUACUGCUUCCUGUAUUGGUUUGGGGAACUCUACAACACCUCCACCCGGACAGGCAGGAAAACCAGUGCCAGGAUACAAUGUGAUGAUUCUGGAUGAAAAUAAGGAACCAGUGAAGGCGAAGACUUUGGGAAAUAUUGUGGUAAAGUUGCCUUUGCCUCCCGGAGCAUUCUCAGGUCUUUGGGAAAAUCAGGAAACAUUCCAGAAGUUAUAUUUCCAGAAAUUUCCAGGAUAUUAUGAUACUAUGGAUGCAGGUUAUAUGGAUGAAGAUGGCUAUUUAUACGUCAUGUCUCGAGCUGAUGAUGUGAUCAACGUUGCUGGACACAGAAUUUACAUAGCAAUUGAAGAGUGUGUUCUCUUCCAUCACGCUGUGGCAGAUUGUGCUGUUGUGGGCCAGGAGGAUCCUUUAAAAGGACAUGUUCCAUUUGUGCUGUGUGUACUGAGAGAAGGUAUAAAGAUGGAAGAGGAGAAGAUUUUGGAAGAGAUUGUUGAGCAAGUUCGAACUAACAUUGGUCCAGUAGCAGCUUUCCAGAAUGGUGUUUUUGUGAAACAGCUACCGAAAACACGCUCUGGCAAGAUACCACGUUCAGCUCUUUCUGCACUUGUCAGUGGAAAGCCAUAUAAGAUAACACCGACCAUUGAAGAUGCUAGUGUGUUUAAACACAUUGAAGAAGUGCUAAAGAAAAAUUAG